UUUUUUUAGUUGAUAGAAAUGGCGUUGCGUUCGUUAAAUUCUGACAAGUAGUUUUGCUAAUAUAUAUAUAUAUAGUUUUCUGCUCUUUUAAUGUGUCUUCCUUAAUUUUCAAAUAGCAUUGAAAUUUAAAUUAAAUCAAUAAUGGAUCGCAGCUUAGUGGAAAAAUUCAUUGAAGUUACAGGUGAAAGUGAAGCGAUUGCAUCACAAUAUUUAGCAUUAGCUGAGGGCAAUGUUGAUACUGCAAUAACAUUAUUAUUUGAGGGUGGUGGUCCAGCAGCCGCUCCUCUUCCUCCUCCACCAGAUCCUGAACCUUCUGUACGUCCACCUAUUUUACCAACGCAAGAGGUUCUUGUACCACCAGAAAUUGGUUGUUCAUUUCCAAGAUCUUCGAAUAGUGUUUUUGACAGAUUCAGAGAUUUUAAUGUCGAAACACAAAGACAAGAGGAGGAAAUGACACGUAAAGCAAGUGGUACAAGAAAAAAUAUGCAACGUAAAACAAGACGUUUGGAGGAUUUAUUUCGUCCUCCUUGCGAGAUAUUAUUUCUUGGUACAUUCUUGGAAGCGAGAGAAUAUGCAAAAUCGAUGAAUCGCUGGUUACUUGUCAAUGUACAAAAUCCACAAGAAUUCGCAUGUCAAAUAUUAAAUCGUGAUGUAUGGCCAAACGCUCAAAUUCGUGAAAUGAUCAAAGAUCAUUUUGUCCUCUGGCAGGUUUUAUCGAAUACAUCUGAAGGAAAGCGUUACAAUGAUUUUUAUAAUGUCAUGGGAUAUCCAUAUUUAGGAGUGAUUGAUCCAAGAACUGGAGAAUGUAUGAGAAUAUAUAAUCAAAUUACUGUAGAUAGUUUGACAUCGGGUUUAAAUGAUAUGUUAAGUACUCAUGCAUCACCUGAAUGUGCACCACAAGAACCAUCAGUUUCUGAUGAUUGGAAAAAUUCUUCAGAUUCAUCAAUGAAACGAAAUUUGGUAUCUGAUUCAUCAAUCAGUAGUAAUUCGUCUGGUAUAAAAAAAAUGAGGAAACUAGAGGGACGAAGUUUAGGAAUUAUUGAUGGUGAUCACAGUCCUACUAUUUUAAGCAAACGUUCACGAAUAGACGAAUUGGAUGCUAAAUCAAGUUGUCUUGGAACGCAAGAAAAGGAUGAAACAUUGAGUAAGGAACAGGACGUUGCGUGUAAAUCUGAAUCAGUUAUAGACAAAAAUGCACCUUCUUUGCGACUAUGUUUGCGGCUUCCAAAUGGUUCAAAGGAGACUAUUUCAAUGAAUGCCAGUGAAAAAAUUGAAGAUUUUUUGAAAAAAAUGCAAGAUAUUGGUUAUUCAAUUGGAGAAUACACAUUCUUAAUACCAUUUCCAAGGACUGUAAUUGAAGAUCUGUCUCUUGAUUUACGUCUCGCGGAUUCUAUUUUAUUUCCUUCAAACACAGUAUUUAUAAGUAAAGUAUAGUGAGAUUUUAAAAAGAUGAAGAUUAAUCAUUAUUAUUUUUUUGAAAUAAGUUUAUUUUGUAAUUUUUAGAAUCGAAAUUUCUUUACUCUUGUGUUUUGUACUGAAAAUUAUAAUAAAAUUGUAAAUUUUUUAAUUUUAA